CUCUGUCUUCCCCAUCAUAAAUGCUGGCUCAGCAUUUGAGGGACGUGACGGCUAAAGCCGGCGCACGUUAUGCAGAAGGGACGUUAAGCGUGCACCACAUGUGGGACGCUAGUUGGCGCGUCAGAAACACGCGUACGGCAAUUAACACUGCCAUAUCCUUCUCUACCAAAACGCUCCUGCUUGAAGAACAGCACACCGAAUCGACUUCGCACCAAUUUCAGGUAAAAAUGGUUUCAUUGCGAGAACUCACAGAGCAACGAGGUAACCAGGGCAGAGAGGGAGAAGAGGGAGGGGUUUUGUCAGUGGAGCCUAUCACGAUGAUAGUGCUGCCUGAGUUGCAGGACUCUCCGGAAACAAUGGCGCCUGAGGGAAACGCCAGUUCGAGCGCCGGGGAUGCUGGUGGCGACCAGCCUACUGCGUCGUCUAGCAGCUCGUCUACUGAAGAGACACCCAUCCAGGAAGAAGGGGUGGGGGAUCUGGUAAGCAGUGUCUCAGAUCGGCCGGUGGUUGGGGGAUGGGAAAGCGUGACGAUCCCGGGCAGGUUGAGUAACCUACGGAAAGCAUCGAAGGAUCUGCCCGUUGGAUUCAGGUUCGUGGCUGCACUUCAUCACGAAGUAGCAGAUUGUACGCCCUCCAUAAGUGGGUACAAGAGACUCGAGGAGAUGGUGAGGGCGUACCAUAUCCCACGGACCAUAUUGCUGCGGACUGGCGGGCAGAACGAAAGGGCGUGCACAGUAUCACAAACGAGCUGGAUCCCAGUAUAUGCGGACUACUUUGACGCCGGCCUGCGGUUUCCCCUGCCUGGAUUGGUGUUUGAUCUACUGGCGGAAUACGAGCUGGCGCUGACGCAGCUGACGCCCAACAGCAUAAGGUUCAUUAUUGGCUUUAUGCUGUUGUGUGAGCGAUUAGAGGUGCCGGCCAAGGCGAUCGUGUUCAGGUCGCUGUUUCAAUGUCGACUGUGUCCCAACUCCCAAGGCGCGAGGUGGUACUACCUCUCCGGGAGAGACAAAAGCCAGCUGUUCAAGAAUGUCCGGAAUAAAGUGGCGAGGUGGAAGAGGCAGUUCAUAUUUGUUCGCGACACGCGAACAGAAAGGAUAAGCAACGACCUCGCUGCCCGGCUGUUAGAAUGGCGCACGCCCAACGCUCAUAUUAACUACCCCCAGCUGUUGCCCCGGGAUGUCGAUUUGAAGAACCAACUGCUUGAGUAUGCGCAGAGGGAGGGUCUUAUAGAUCUAGAAGCCCUGGUUACCUCGGAGCAGCUCGCCGUGUUCAGGUUUGUUGAUGUGACAAACCUGUUCAGCGAAGGUGAAAUGAGCAGCAUUUUGGAACGUCAGCGUCAACGUGCCCAGAGCUCCCGAGGCCGUGGGGCGAGCAGCGCGCAACCCCGGCAAACACGGUUUGACGAGCGGCCACCCCCAGCGCCUCAAUCACGCGGCUCGUCACACAGGGGAUCCAGCUCGUCGUCAAGGUCGCGAGCUGAUCACAGAGCUGAGGUUGUGGCCCCGGGUGCGCGCAGACGUGCACGCGAGGAGACAGAGAGCGAGGAGGAUGAAGUCCCCCUUGCUAGGCGCAUAAGAAGCGGGGGGACUCAGCCCGCACAGGCGGCUCGCCCUGUAACCAUGCGUUCGCCGAACGCAUCGUCAGCGGCUGUGUGGGCAGCAGUGGAGCCUGCCUCUGCGCCGGCCUCGACGUCUGGCCUCAGGAUUGCUUAUCCUGAGGGCUUCAGCUAUGUGCGGGCAGAGUGCCAGCCUGGCAUGGUGUUUACGAUUGUUGUUGUCUGGCAGGCAUUCAGCUAUGCUAUGGCUAUGUACGAGAGUGAGCAGGCGGCUCGUACACAGAACAGCGAGCUCGGUUCCAAGUGCAAGCAACUGGCUGCUGAGAAGGCCAGCCUUGUGGAUGAUGUAAAUCGUCUGCAAGGCUUUGAAAUGGCGAACCGAGCUGCGGCUGCAGAGAGCCGGGCGGACGAGCUCGCCAACAAGAACAACGAGCUCAGGGAGGAGUUGGAUCGAGCUCGAGCUGAGAGAGAGAGCGGAAUACACGCGGCAAGGGAUGAGGCCGCCAGGGUUGAGGAGAGGGCAAAGAAGGCUGAGGCCGACAGGGACCGUGCUCAGCACGAGCUGAGCUCCCUUAGGCACCAAGUUGGUGAGGCGGACCGAAACCUUGCUGCUACCGGGGAGGCGCUGAACGAGCUAAAGGCUUCCCAUGCCCGUUCUGUCGCCAUCGCCUGGGCUCAAGGGGCGGAAUGGUUCGUUGGCUCGGCUGCGUUUCAGGACGCCGUGGCGGUGGCGUCAGCUAAUGUAACCACGGAGAUCUACAACGAGAUUCGUGGGAAAGUACUGCAACACGGCCCAGAUUUUCCAAUACGUGAGCUGGUCUUCUUUGACGAGGAGGAGCUAGACGAGCAGGGUAAGAGCCUUGCUCCCCUCGCUGAUGCAACUGUGAGGCUGAGAUGGGAUUUGAACGAGGAGGACGUGCCCGUCUGGCCACCGUCCAUUCUGGAGGACGGGGAGGACCCAGUAGGACUGCCCUCAUUUGAUGCAUGGGUAGAGGGUGCUCCUGUAGCUGAACAGGAGCCUUCAAGCACCCCACCCAACUCUCAGCCCGCUGCUGCGCCAUCCAGCUCGCCCAUCAACGCGCCAGCCUCCGAGCCCGCUGUCCGAUCUCCUCCAUCUCGCUCUCCUGCGGCUGUUGCUGAUGCAUCCAUGCCCGUCGAUCUGACAGAUGACUAGGCUUAGGACUUUUUGUUUCACUUUUUGUAUUUUUGCUUUGGCAUUUUUGUAUUUGAUCAACCAGAUUCUGGUCGUAUGUACUUCUAAUGUAACAUCAUUGAUGAAAUACAAAGAUGAAUUUCCU